CCUUCCCUGUGGCCGGCGGUGGCUGCCCUCCAGGCCGUGGACCAGACGGUGGACGGGCACGGCGUGCGCCUGCUGUGCCUGGAGGGGAGGGUCGCGUCGGCGGAGGCGAAGCUGGUGGGCUGCCAGAGGACGGUGGCGGAGGUGGAGAACCAGCUGGAGAGCAAGUGGGCCGCCCUGGCGCAGGAGUACGCGCGGCUGCAGCGGCGGCUGGAGAACGUGGAGAGCCUGCUCAGGAACCGGAACUUCUGGAUCCUGCGCUUCCCCCCGGGCGCCAAGGGGGAGACCCCCCAGGUUCCGGUAACCUUUGAUGAUCUCUCUGUUCAUUUUAACGAACACGAAUGGGGGGACCUGGAUGAAUUGCAGAAGGAGCUGUACAAGACGGUCAUGAGAAGCAAUUAUGAGAUGCUGGUCUCAAUGGAUUAUGCGAUUGCAAAGCCUGAGAUCCUGACACGGAUUGAACAAGGGGACUCCUUGUGUGACACAGACAUUGGAAGCACUCCUGCCAGCAGCGUGCCUGGACACCUUGUCACAGACUCCCCUGUUGCUCCAGUGGAUGUUUCUUUGUGGCUGAAAGAAGAAGUCGAAGAGCCUCAAGAUGGGAAUGCCAGGCCUCCUGAGGAGAUGAAUGCUGGUCUUCACAAGGGUUCUUCAGUGGAGUUGAUGGACAUAUCCUCAGGGAUUAAAGAGGAGAUGGAGGAGGUGUGCUUGGAUCCUGGGGAAUCCCAAAAAGAGGAGGUGCACCACAAUGCUAGCCAGGAAUAUCAGGCUAUUACAGUUUCUGAAGAACAUCUCUGGAGACCUCAGGAAGGCCAGUGUGUUCAGGACCCAUUCUUCUUUGGUGAAGGCCCUAGCUCUGCAGAACAUGAAAUCACGGUCAAGAUAGAGGAAGACGCGGACCUGACGCCUUCCUUUCUCCGGCGCUCGUCCAGGAGAGCUGCUUCUGGUCGCGAGGCACAGCCGACUUCUGGGGCCCAGCGCAUGAGAGAGAAGCAGCCUUCCCGAUGUUUCAGCUCUGGGAGGCGCUUCCGUCAGAAACGGUCUGCGCUCAGCCCUGGGAAGGCAGAUUCUGCGGCACUCCCGUUUAAGUGUGUGGAAUGCCGGAAGAGCUUUGGCCCCGAGGAGCCACCGGCCCUUGAGGGCCAGCCCCCAACCACCUGCCCCGACUGCAGACAGCGCCUGCGCGGGAGAAGUGCGAGCUCCAUGCAUGCCAAAGACGCACAGGUCUUUGCUUGCGCCACCUGUGGCAUCGUGUUCAGCCAGUGGUCUGUGCAGCUCGUGCACCAGAAGAGUCACCGGCAGGUCUGGAAGCACUGCUGCAAGGAGUGCGGGACUGGGACAGAAAGCCACCAGGAGUUCACAGAGCACCAGGGAGCUCACACCCUUGUUGGGAAGGCUUAUGGCUGUGCCAGCUGCCCAAAGAGCUUCCUUUCCUCCUCUGAGCUUGAGGAUCAUCGGAGAACCCAUGCAGUCGGCUGGCCCUUCAUUUGCAACUGGUGCCAGAGCAGCUUUGCUAGCCAACAAAUGCUCACCGCCCAUCAGGAGCUGCACACGGCAGCAGUGAACAAGCUGUUUCCCCAUGCCAAGCCCAACUUCUCCUUCAGCUGGCAAGAGUUCUUGGCCGAGCUGGUGAAGCUUUACCUAAGGAAGACUUCCAGUUGUUCCCCAGGGCGGGUGUUCACCAAAUUCCUGCAGACGAAUUCACAGCUGAAGCCUUACCCAUGCACGCAGUGUGGCACGAUCUUUUUCAGCCUCUGUGUCUCUGCCAGCCAGGCCUCUGCUCCUUCAGGAAAGCCGCUGAGCACACCAAAGACAGAGACAGACCAGACCUCCACCCCAGAGCAGCCGGAUCCGUGCAACCUUUGCAGCAGCUGCUUUCCGCAGAAAAACUCGGCAAGGAAGCCCGUGCCCAUCCCCAGCGGCGGGUAUCCUUUUCCGUGCCCUCACUGCAGCCGCAGCUACGUGUACAGGGACACCCUCAUCAACCACCUGCAGAGCCAUUUCCUGGAAAAGCCCUUCCGGUGCAGCGUCUGUGACCAGGACUUUGCCCAGGUGUCGCUGCUGACUGAACACCUCAGCACGCACUCGGUGGAGCGCCCCUUCAAGUGCAGCCACUGCCCCAGGAGCUUCAUGUUCCCCGGGCUGCUGGUGGAGCACCAGCAAGACCACGUUGGAGAGCUGUACUUCUGCACCUGGUGUAUUAGGCGUUUUGGCCACCCGGCCCUGUUGAAGGAGCACCUGCUCUCCCACACAGCGGAGCGUCCCUUCCAGUGUGACCAGUGUGCCAGGAGUUACACACAUCAGGCCCUGCUGGAGGAGCACAAAAGGAAGCACGCGAAGGAGGAUCUGCACGCCAGAGGAGGGAAAGGAGAAGCAAAGGAAGCCUCUCCAGCCUGCGCAGGGGAGCCCCCCCUGAGCUAAAAAGGCUGGCUGGUGUAUGGAGGCUGACCCUGGCUUGGAAGGGGGGGUGGCUCUGAUCACACAGGAGCUCUAGAGCGAAUCCGGCUGCCCUGCGCUGAAGCGUCGUCUUUUGCCAUAGGACCCAGCCAGCGUCCCCAGUGCCUUGGUACCCAGCCAAGGUACCUCAGAACCCUUUGCCCGCCCCCCCUUUUUUUUUUGCUUUUCUUACUGCUAUGGAUUCCUGCCAGGGCCGCCAAAACCAGCAACUUUUUUCUUCCUAACUCUGGACAGCCGAGUAUCUCACCAGCAACCGCUCUGGCAUCUGCGGGCAGAGGACUCAGUGAUCAGGCAGCAACAACUGUUCGGAGAGGGCAGGAAAUUAUUAUAAAGUGGAAAAUCAAUUGAUUUUAAAGAUGUGUUGCAGUGGGGUGUAUGAGAAAUUUGGUGUGUGUGUAUGUGGUGCAAGGCUAGGUGUACUUAGCCCAGACGGGCGUAUAGUUUGGACGCUUUCGCUUUGCCCCUCCCAACCGAUCCAUCAGGAAUGAAAAGUAGCUCCUGGCCCAGAGAAGAGGAACCCCUUCCCCUUGAGCCAGACUCGUAACCCUUUGGGACACUGAGGGGGAUGUAGUCACGGGCAUCAGCCUGCUUUGAUCUCUAUGAAAAAGUAUUUCCGACCAUGAGCAGCAGAAGGAGCAUCUCCUAGCACUAAGUGAUGUCUUGGUCCUCUGGUCUCCUACUUGUGAAGAUACGUUGCCAGCUACCCUGUGGCACUGACAUAUUCUCCUCCACGCACUCGUUUUGGAGAUGGGUUGGGGCCAUGCCCUCUUAGAAGGAGCAGCGUCAGGGAUGGGAGUUGAAAUGAAAAAAUUCUCUCUUCCUCCCACAGGCCACAAUGGCACUGUGUGCACCAUAACAUCAUUUGAUCUAUGACAGCAUGGCGUGAACGUGGUCUCAUUCCCCCUUCCCUCCAGAUGCCCACAAGAGCUGGCAGGUGGUUGUGUCGGUUGGUGGCUCUUGGGGUAGAAUUAAAAUAAACCAGAGAAGGAGAACAGCAAGAAGUGGGUCCCCUUUGUCCCAGCACUUCGGCAAUCUCAACGUGGGUGGAGACAGCCUUACCCCUAGAGCCAACCGGAGAAGGCUGUUCAAAGGGGGGAGCAACACAGCCUUCUCUCCGAUCCAGCUGCGGAUAUCUUACAUUUGUGGAGGUGCAGCUGUUUACCUCUCUGCCCCCUUAGAGUCAGGAGAUUCCAGGAUGCUGACGGAAUAGUGUCUUCCCAAGGAUGAAAGUGGCGAUGAAGAGAGCUGACUUACUCUGCUCUUGAGAUCAUGUUUGUGAUUAUUUCUUAAUGCUGUCAGCCACAGAAUGGUAGAAAGUUGUGUGUGCAUGCAUACACAAAUAGACCUAGUUGGCUUUGUUGUGAGAAUCUCUGCGGCUGAAUUGCUUUCAGAUACCAGGAUUAGAGAGGAAGAGGUCUGGGUCAGAAUGAUAGGAGAUGUUUAUUUUAUUGUUAUUAUUAAAUUUAUAUGCCGCCCAUUUCCCCCAGAGGGUGACAUAGAUAUAGGCCAACGCACCUGGAUGGCCCUAGGCUUUUCUGAUUUCCAGGUGAGAGGCUAAUUGACACAAGGCUGCAUUGGGGUUCAAAGGUGCCACCCCACCCUGUACCCACUAGAAUGCUUUGAUGCUCAUGGAUUUUAUGACUCUUCGGGAGAAUGAGGCCAAUUAUGAUAAGAACAGGGCUUUGAAAAAUACUUUGCUGGGGUUAGAAAUUAUGUAAAAAGUGCAGUACAGGUAGUCUUUGGGUUAUGAUGGCAACUGGGACUGCCGGGAUCGCUGUCAUUAAGCGAUGCGGUCGUAAAGUGCGAUGUCACGUGACCGCAUUACUUAGUGACGACAAUCCUGGCAGUCCUGGUUACCAUCAUAAUCCCGAGAUGCGCAGAUCGUUAAGCAGGAAGCAGCAGGAGUCCCAGAUAAGGAGUGUGGGGGUGCCAUGGGAAGUUGCUGCAGGGCAGUGGGGGUGGCCCUGGGAGGCCCAACGCAGGCCGUAUGCGAGCGCACGGAGGCCAGGGGAAGCAGGGCGCAGUGCCGUGUGAGCGCAGGGAGGCUGGGGGGACUUACCAGAGCGACUUGCGACCUUCCCUGCCAGCUUCCCCAUUGACUUUGCUUGGGGGAAGCUGGCAGGGAAGGUCACAAAUGGCGAUCAUGUGGCCGUGGGGCGCUGCAACUGCCGUAAGCGUAGGCCGGUUGCCGAGAGCCUGAAUUGCGAUCAUGUGACCACGGGGGUGGUGCGACGGCUGGAACUUUGAGGACUGGUUGUAAGUACCACUCGUUCAGUGCCAUCACAACUUCAUACGGUGCCUGAACGAGUGGUCAGUAAGCGAGCACUACCUGUAUACCAAAAACUUGCUGCCUCGGUCCGUCAGUGUGUUUUAUUUUUCGUGCUUGUAUAGGCCUGAAAUCACUGACAAGAUUUGGUAUCUGGUGGAGAUUUAAUAAAGCUUCCCUUUGUGCAACGCUU